UUCCAAAAUCCUCAAGAGACAACCACCAUUCAGCUCUCUCUCCCUUGAAGUCAUUGCUUCCACAUCCCAACACAAUAUCAUAUCUGUUCAUUAUUUUAACCAAGUACCAACACAAUAUCUCCCAGUCUUCUCCACCUACCUUUCAACUUCUAGCUUUUUCAAUUCGCUUGCCAUUUGCCCAUCCAAUUUUUCUGUGGUUUAGAUAAUUCUUUCUUGCUUUCCUUUGAUGGGUUUUUACUCAUUUGUCAUCUCUUGAUUUGGUUCCAUCCCCGUAUCCUUCCUUCUUAAGCAAACUGGCAUAGGAUUUCUUGAUCCAUUUGGAUAAACAGAGCAAGUAAAGGUCGUGCUAUAUCUCAUAAUUGCUGUGUGCCAAGAUAUUUCCGAGAGCAGAAAAGAGGAACUCCUUUUUCUUUUUUGUUGUGUUCUUCUCAAUCCGUGUUUCUGCUCAUCAAGCAUAAGCGAUAAUGGAGGGGUUCCCAAAUGGGAAAAUUGAGGUGGCCCAGAAAGUGGGAACAGAUGAAGGAGACAACACAGGAGUUAUCAAAGAUUUUGAGGAACUCAAACCUGAAGUUGAGUCUGUGAGAGAAUUUGAUGUUGAUGGGAAUUCUGAGUCUUCCAGAGGAACUCAUGCUUUGUUGAACUCUGAUAGUAGCAACAGUCCAGAGGAAGAAGCGGAAACUGAAGAUCACAAUCUUUUGGCAAAGGAUUUGGGAACAUUGGAGGAAGAGGUGGAGAAAGAUGUUACUGACAUCAUAGUUGAGUCAGCUGAGCCUAUUGUGCCUUUGCCACAGGAACUGUCUCCGACUAUAGAAGUAUCAACCGAGACAUCACAGGAGCCUGAUGUGACUGCAGAGGAUCAAACAGAGAUUGAAGUGAAAAUCUUCCCAUCUGAGAACGAGGCCAAUGAGAAAACAUCUUCUGAGGAAGUAAAGCUGCCAUCUUCUGAUGAUAAGCUUGAUUUGUCUGCAGUUGCAACAGUCGUGGUGUCAGAAGGAAUCCAGGAGAAAAAUAAUGGUGGGGUUCCUCCAGCUUUAAGAGAUGUGGAAUCUAAGGAAGUUGAGGAAGCAAAAGUGGCAGCUUUGGAGGACAAUGGGGAGCCCUCUGGCUUUGUUGAUAAAAAAACUGGGGAAAAUAUUGAUGAUCUAUUGAAGCCAUCAAACGAUGCUACUACUGUUGGAAGCAGUGAUGGUUUCCUAGAGAGCAUAGGAAAUCCUCAUGUUAUAUCUCUUGGUCAGCGCAGCGUGCAACGUACGUAUUGGAGGAGUUGCUGUGGCCUUUUUGAAGUUCUCCGGCGAUCAAACAGGUGACUCAAGAUAUCAUUGACUUCAGACUUCUACUAAGCUAUGAAGCUUGCAGAUCAUAAUUUAUCGUUUCUAGUAUUUCUGUAUAACAGUGUUAAAGAAGAAAAACUGCCAAGAAGAAUUGCUUGAGAGUUUUUGAAAUGAGUGUUAAAACUUGUUAGGCCUCUCAAGUUUGUUAUUUAUAUGGCGUGUGUGCUGUGGUUAAAGACUUCGAUGGCCGAAAUCCACAAUACUUUCGUUCGUAUAUUUUGACAACACUAUUAAUUCAAUUGGAAGGAACAUGAUCUUGUUGC